AUGUCCGACUGGGAAGAAGUGAAACGUUUAGCUGCAGACUUUCAAAAAGUCCAGCUCAGUUCAACAAGUCAAAAACUAUCGGAAAGAAAUUGCGUUGAAAUUAUUUCCUGGCUUAUCGAGAAGAAAAUUUUGGAUCUUAUAUUUACCAGCGAUGGUAAAGAGUAUUUGACGCCAGCACAAUUGGUAACGGACAUUCAAAAUGAGCUGUUUGUGAGCGGAGGCAGGAUAAAUCUUGGUGAACUUGCCAAGAUUAUCGGAGUGGACUAUGGACAAAUUACUGCACAUUUGAAUGAAGUUUUGAGGAGCAGAAAGGAUAUACAGAAUGUUUUAGGUCAACUCAUUGAUUCCCAUUACAUCACAAGAAUAGCAGGCGAAAUCAACGAAAAACUACAACAAAUCGGCCAAAUCAACGUAGGCGAAUUAACCAUUACCUACGACUUACCAGCGGACUUUCUCCAACAACAAGUCUUAGAAAAACACUUAGGAACGCUCAUUUUUGCAACCCAGGACAAAAACGAUCCGAAAAUCUUCUUUACCGAAUCAUUUAUCGCUCGCAGUAAAGCUAAACUAAAGGGUUGUUUAAGUGGCAUUAUAAGACCAACAUUAGUCACAACCAUUUUAGUGCAAACUGGCAUUAGUGAAAAGUUAUUUUUCACUCUCUUUGAUCAAACUUCAAUGUAUGGCACGUUAUCUAGUAGACUGCCAAGUGCUCAAUAUAUUCCCAAUUCCUAUUCAAGAUCUCUAAACGAAUGGACUCUGACAUUUUACAAGCAAAACGCAUAUUUGGAAUUUGAUACUCUGGCAAGAAUUGGCAUAUCAGACUAUAAAUCUUACAUUAAAAAACAAUUUAGUAAUGAAGAUUUGUUAUUCCUUGAAUCUUCUGUGGCUUCAAAAACUAUAUUGGAACGCAUAGAAGCUGAUAUAGAUGAAUGCAUAUCAAGCAAGAGCUAUGUGGAUUUGCAGAACAAUUUACCUUCUGUAUUUACUGCAAAAGAUACUUCCCUUAUUUUGGAUAAGUUGUUGGUCGGCCAAAAACAACAACAAACAGUUGUUGUUGAAGAUUUUAUCAUUAGCAAAGCUUUUAUUGAUGGACUAGUUACCAUGUGCAGUGAAUCAGUCAAGGAAAAAGCCAAACAGAUAGUUGAUUCAGGCAAAUAUCAACAAUAUAUUAUAGAGGUUCAAGGAAACCAAGGCAAACCUCAAAAAUUUGAUGACAAUGACGAAAAAACGGACAAGAGGGAGGAAAGGCGAAAAAAGGCGGCUGGUGGUAAAAGUGGCGGAGGCACUCAAGGCAGAGAAACUAAAACGAAAUCGACUAAAAAACAUUUUCGUGGUGGACAUAAAGUUGACAAUGAUGACGAUGUUAUUGCAACAGAAACUAAGAAAAUCUUAGCAGUCGUUACUGGAGAGGAAAUUAAAGCGUUGAUUGAAAGAUUUUUGGAAGAAGAGGGUUUGGAUACUUUGGUUGAUCCGUUGACUGAACAUCUUCUUCCUAAUUUGAACGAACAAGGUUUUCAAAUCGCUGCAGAAAUUUUCAAGACAAAAGUCGCAGAUCAGAACGUUAACAGACGCAAAACCCACAAUGAGCUUCAAGAGAAGGUCAACGAUCUAGUCAGCGAAGUUCGUCUGUUUUCCAGAGGCAUCAAACUGUUUUCAGGUGAUGUGCAAGUUCAGUUGGUGAAAUAUUUACUCAAAACUGUUUGCUCUGAUAUAGUGACUGAAAUUUUAAAUUAUGCAGCUGCUGAAACCACGUCAAACAUUCAAUCCACGGAUAAUUUUAAUAAUGAUCAGAAAAUGAAGUUUGUGAAUGAAUUACCUAAUGAGUUCAAGACACCUUUGCAGCCCCUAGUGAAAUCUUUGAGUGGGCAAAGCAUCGAUGAUUUUAUGAAUGCUGUUGAUCAAAGCUUGGCAGCUUGCAGUAUGAUCAUAAAGAAAAUUGACAAAAAGAAGGAUAGGACUAUUGUUCUAAAUCAUAAGCACAAAUUAUUGGAAGAAUUGAAUACUUGUGAUGAUGUAGCUUUAGUGUUACACUUGGCUACUUUAAUAGUAUUCACUUCAGCUACUCAAUGCAUGUUGCACGCUAGUGGAAGGCAUUUAGCUUCGGUCUUAUCAUUUUUGAAGGCUCAUGUAUCAGAAGGGCAAAUAUCUGAGCUUAUGUCUUACCACGACUUUGUUACUUUAAUGUUAAGUAAUGGAUCUGAAGCGGAAAACGCCAAGGAAAAAUUAAAGGAGAAGAUGCAAUUUAUUAAAAAUAUUGCUAAUGAAUAUAAGAGUACCAGUGGUGAAAAGGCGUGA